AACCAGAAGAAAACAAUGGCAAAUCGAAAUUGUUGUUCAUUGUUAUUAACACAAUCAACGACAUUAUCAUCAUCAUCAUCGUCACCACCAACAAUUAGAAUGAAAUAUCAAUUACUAACACCAUUAACAACAACAAUGUCUAAAGAAAAUAAUAACGAAACGGAUGAUGUUGCAAAAGAUCCUGGUUCGAUGUCCAAUCGUCCAACAUCGGAAACCGAUGUUGAAGGACAUCGUGUAUUUCAUGGUUAUGGUGUUCAUGUACCUGGUUCAGGUACAAGACGUCGUCCAGGUAGCGGUGGUGGUGGUGGUAGUAAUGGUAAUAAUGGUAAUGGUCAUCGUCGUAAUCGUAAAAAUGGUUCAUCAAAACGUUCAAAAGAUUCGGAAGAUGAAUCGGAUUCGGAACUUAUGCGACCUUCGGAUCGUGUACAUUUUAUUUUGGGUGAAGAUGAUACAACUGGUGGACAUGAAUCACAUCCAUUAUUUAGUGAAAUGGCUGAAUUAGUAUCAACAAAUGAAGAAAUGGAAUGGCGUGAAACUGCUCGUUGGAUUAAAUUCGAAGAAGAUGUUGAAGAAGGUGGUAAUCGUUGGUCAAAACCACAUGUCGGUACAAUUUCCUUGCAUUCAUUAUUUGAAUUACGUAGCUGUAUUUUGAAUGGUACGGUUUUAUUGGAUUUAGAAGCAUCUAGUUUGGAUCAGAUUGCAGAUUUAAUGCUUGAAAGUAUGGUACAAAAUAAUCAAUUAUCAUCGGAUGUAAUACCAAAAGUAAAAGAUGCAUUAUUACGUCGUCACCGACAUCAACAUGAACGUCGUCAUCAUGGUGAUUCAAAAAAUCGUUUGCCAAUUAUUCGAUCGUUGGCCGAUAUUGGUAGAAAUUCCAGUAGAAGUAUGUUUGGAUCGCACAGAUCAUUGGAUAAAAUCCUAUCCGAUGUUCCACCACCACCAUCAUCAUCAUCAACAACAACAACAUUGACAUCAUCAUCAUCACAACAACCACAACAACAACAACAACAAUCAUCUAUUACAACAUCAUAUUCAAAUCCAACAUCACCGAUUCCAAGUACCGGUACCGGUAAUGUUUGUCAUUCAUUAUCAUCAUCAUCAACAUCAACAAUACCUGUAUCAUCAGCUCAACAACAACAACAAAAUUUUAAAGGAAAAAAUACAUUAGGUGUACCGGCACGUAAAGGUGCUAAUAUUACUGCUCAUAGCGAUUCAUCAAUGCCACAAAGUCCAAGCGCUCAUUCAUUACAAGCACAAGGUUCGGAUGGACAACAUUUAUCCGGUAGUGGUGCUUCUUCAUCCGAUCUUCAACAUAAACUAAAUCAAGGUUUUAUGCGAAAAAUUCCACAUGGCAGUGAAGCCGAUAAUAUUCUUGUUGGUGAAAUUGAUUGUAUUGAUCAUUCAAUUUCAGCAUUUAUUCGCCUUAAAAAUGCUUGCUAUCUUGGUGAUUUAACUGAAGUGCCCGUACCGACACGUUUUUUGUUUGUUCUACUUGGUCCACACAGCAUUCCCGGACGUUAUCAUGAAGUUGGUCGUGCAAUGGCAACAUUAAUGUCUGAUGAUGUUUUUCAUGAUGUUGCUUAUAAAUCAAAAUCACGUGAUGAUUUAUUAGCUGGUGUUGAUGAAUUUUUGGAUGCUGUUACUAUUUUACCACCUGGUGCAUGGGAUCCAUCAAUUCGUAUUGAACCACCUGUACAAGUACCAUCACAAGAAACACGUAAAAAACCACAAGAAAAAGAAGCUGAAAUUGAUUCCGAAGAAGAAGAAGAAAUUGAACGUGAACGUUCUGGUUUGAAAAGAUCUGGUAGAAUUUUUGGUGGUUUAAUCAAUGAUAUUAAACGAAAAUAUCCUUGGUAUCUUUCGGAUUUUACCGAUGCAUUUGUAUUACAAUCAGUUGCAUCAAUAUUUUUCUUGUAUUUUGCUUGUUUAACACCAAUCAUUACGUUUGGUGGUUUACUUGGUGAUGCUACUGGAAACAAUGUUGCAACAAUGGAAAGUCUAUUAACUGGUGCUAUUUGUGGUAUAUUGUAUGGUCUAUUUUCUGGUCAACCAUUAACAAUUUUAGGUAGUACUGGUCCUGUAUUGGUAUUUGAAACAAUUCUUUAUGAUUUUUGCAAACGACAUGAUCUACAUUAUUUAAACAUUCGUUUAUGGAUCGGUUUAUGGAUGGCAUUCUUUUUAUUAGUUAUGGUUGCAUUAGAUUAUAGUGCAUUAGUUUGUUAUAUAACUAGAUUUACUGAAGAAAAUUUUGCCACAUUAAUUUCAGUCAUUUUUAUUUUUAAAGCAUUUGAAAAUCUAUUCCAUAUUGGUAAAGAAUAUCCGGUUGAUAGGUAUCCUGAUAUACCUAAAAAUUAUCUUUGUAAUUGUUCAAUUGAUGGUGAAAUAUAUGAAUUACAACGAACAUUUAGAAAUGAUACAGCAUUACGUGAAUGUAAAUUAUUAGGUGGAACAUUGAUUGGUGAUGGUUGUUCAACACCUACCUAUCUGCCAAAUGUUUUCCUUUUUUCAUGCAUAUUAUUUGUUGCAACAUAUGCUAUAUCGGUUUUCUUGAAAGAAUUUAAAACGGCACCAUUUUUUUCAACAAAAGUUCGACAAAUUAUAUCAGAUUUUUCUGUUGUAAUUGCUAUUGCAUCAAUGACAGCAUUCGAUAUGUGGGUACAUAUACAAACACCAAAAUUAUAUGUACCGGCACAAUUUAAACCAACACGUGAUGAUCGUGGUUGGUUGAUACCAUUUUUUCAUGAAAAAAAUCCCGUUUGGUUAAUACCAUUAUGUUGUAUACCGGCUUGUUUUUCAACUAUACUUAUAUUUAUGGAUCAACAAAUUACAGCUGUUAUUAUUAAUCGUAAAGAAUAUCGUUUAAAAAAAGGAUGUGGCUAUCAUUUAGAUUUAUUUGUAUUAUGUAUAUUGAUUGCAAUUGCAUCAAUAAUGGGUUUACCAUGGUUUGUUGCUGCAACCGUAUUGGCAAUGACACAUGUUAAUUCAUUAAAAGUUGAAUCAAAAACAUCGGCACCGGGUGAAAAACCACAAUUUUUAGGUGUAUUAGAACAACGUGUUACAAAUAUUAUGAUAUUUUUAUUGGUCGGUUUAUCCGUAUUUUUUACACCCGUACUAAAACAUAUACCAAUGCCUGUAUUGUUUGGUGUAUUUUUAUAUAUGGGUACUUCAUCAUUAAAAGGAUCACAGUUUUUCGAACGUAUUCUCAUCAUAUUUAUGCCACAAAAAUAUCAACCAGAUUAUGUUUUCUUACGUUAUGUACCAACAUGGAAAGUUCAUAUGUUUACAUUAAUACAGAUUAUUUGUUUCUUAUUAUUAUGGGCAGUUAAAUCAUAUAAAAAGAUUUCAAUCAUGUUUCCGCUUAUGUUAUUAGUUAUUGUCAUUGUACGUAAAUUAUUAGAUUUUGUUUUCACACGUCAAGAAUUGAAAAUAUUGGAUGAUAUUAUGCCCGAAUCAACUAAACGUAAAAAGAUUGAAGAAAAAGAAUUAUUACAAAAAAAUGAAGAUGAUAAAUCUGGACCAGGUGGUGGUGGUGGUGGUAUUGGUGGCACUGCUGUAGGUUUAUUACCUAAUACAAGUUCAGGAAAUGUUACAAUACCAUUAGCCAAUGGUAAUGUAUUGAAAAUACCAGUCAGUAAAAUUGGUUCGGAAGAAGAAAAAGAACCAGAUAUAAAUAUUACUGAACAAUUAGCUAAAUCAAAUGCAUGGCGUUCAAUCAAUCAUGAUUCAAAUGGUACACAAACAAAACCACCAACAACAGCAGCACAGAAUGGUGGUAGUAGUGGACAAAAGAAAAAAAAUCGUGUGAAUAAAAAAGAUGCCAAAAGUGAAGAAGAACAAAAACGUUUAUCAACAAUGAGAGAAGAAGAUGAUGAAGAAGAUUGUGGUAUAACAAUAAAAGUUGAUGCACCAACACCAGUACCAACGGCUGUUAAUUCACCAAAAGAUGAAUCAUCGAAAAAUAAUGAAACACCUGUUUAAAUUAUGAAAAAAAAUCAAUCAAUCAAUCAAUCAACAGAUCGAUUCAAUGUUUUAUGCUCGACAUUCACAUACACACACAAACACACAGAAUCCAGAUUCAAAAAAAAGGCAGCAAAAUCUAAAUUUACAAAUAAAUUUACAACAAAAAAAAAAUUCAAUAAAGUAAUACAAAUGUAAUACAAUCAUUUUCUCUCUCUUUCUCUGUCUGUGUGUGUGUGUGUGU